UUAAUUUUUUGGAUGAUUUUUUAAGCUAUGACUCCAAAUGCUACUUCAAUUAGCCUAGAUUUAUUAAGAGGGAUUUUCCCUCACAAAGGGAAGGACGAAGAGCUCGAAGUAGUCAGAAGUGCAAACAUAAGAAUUUAUCAAAUAAAUUAAGGUAUGUCACAAUGAUAUGUUUUACACUUUGCAAUGAAUUUUCUGGCCUCUCGUUGCCUCAGUUACAGGGACUGAAUAAUGGCAAUGGCAGCUCAACGCACAUCUCAGCCAUACUGGUUUCUUUGGUUUCUUUCAAAAAGUUUACAGGAUAUUAGGUGCAUGCUACUCUCUGGGGAUAUAGGAUUUAGUUUAUGGUCAUGGGAUGUGGAGAGUUAGGAGCGCUAUUGAGCUUGGUGAAGGAACGGCAUCAGUAGUUCACAAUGGAAUUAUAAAAUCACAGCGGGUGCUUUUGCGGCCACUCUUAUCAUAUCAGUUUAGUAACUGUUUCUUAUGAUCAGGCCUUAACUGGUUGAUUCCAUGUGGUAAAUAUGGAACUCAUUCGAAUUCACACGAGAAAGAGGUAGCCCAGUUGGACGCAUUAGAAAAAAUUGUGUUUUCUCAAUGCCCUUAUCAUAUUUUAGGGCUACAAAGAUGGCAGUGAGGUUAAAUCCUCAUGAAGGUAAUUGUAUUUUUGCAAUUCCCUCGUCGGUUUUCAUUGUUCACAUGGUCAAAGAGAGUUUGUUUAAAGAGAUAAAUAUGAAAACUCUAACAAAAAACGUGGUUUCUAAAAGCUUCCAUUCUGAAAUUUCAAUGGCAGCAUCUAAAGCAACAAUAGCAGUUUUGAUCGAGAAGAACAAGCAAAACCUAAAAGAGAUUAACUCAGGUUUAGGAAGAGUUCCUGCAAGAACAAUUUUCGCACAGUCAAAGCCCAAAGGCUCAAUCGCCAUAUUUUCAUGCGUAGGAGAAGUUCCCACAUGGGCAAUUCCUGCACAGUCAAUCAAAAAAAGCCCGAUUGAGAUUUACACUAGUUCCAGGGAAGUCCACACAAGUGCAAUUUCUACAAAUUUAAAUCCAAAAGGGCCAUUUGAGAUGUACUCAGGUUUAGGGGAAGUUCGAUCAAGGAUGAUUUCUGCACAAUUGAACCAAGAACGGUCAACUGAGGUUAACUGCAUUCUACAAAAGAACCCUUUUUAUAGAAACUGCAUAUUUGCAAAUAAGAAAUCCUUUUCCGGGACGGUUGCACCGGGAUCAUGUAUGUUCUAUCAGGCAAGGGCUAUUUCAAUAGUGCCUCAAAAGGCAUUUGUGAUGGCAUCAAACUUACCUCCAGAGUAUCAAAUGCCUACAGUGACAUGGGGUGCAGUGCAGGGGUUAAAGGAGAAGCUUGCUUCACAAUCAAUGAUUUUUGAUUACUUGAGAAGUUUGGGGAUUGUGCCUGACGAGCUGGAAGAGGUGGAGCUUCCAUCAACAGUUGAUAUUAUGAAAGAAAGGGUGGAAUUUCUGCAGGGAAUGGGGCUCAAUAUCAAGGAUAUCAACGAAUAUCCGCUCAUGCUGGGAUGUAGUGUGAGGAAGAACUUGAUCCCUGUGCUGGAUUUUUUAUAUAGAUUUGGUAUUGAGAAACCGGACCUUCCAGUUUUGCUUAGAAGAUACCCUCGAUUGUUGCAUGCUAGUGUUGUUGUAGAGCUGGUUCCCAUUAUUAAGUAUUUAAGAGGGCUUGACAUUGAGAAGACUGACAUUCCAAUUGUGUUGAGGAAAUACCCUGAGGUUCUGGGAUUCAAACUUGAGGGUACAAUGAGUACUUCUGUAGCUUACUUAGUCAAUAUUGGAGUAAGCCCUAGGGAUAUUGGGCCUAUGCUGACAGAAUAUCCUCAGAUAUUGGGCAUGCGAGUUGGGACAAUAAUCAAACCAUUUGUUGAUUAUCUUAUGAGUCUGGGGUUCCCUAAACAAAUCAUAACUAGAAUGAUCGAGAAAAGACCACAUAUUCUUGGAUAUGAUUUGGACGAAACAAUAAAACCAAAUGUAGAGCACAUUAUUAGUGUUGGUGUAAGGCAGGAGGCUCUUGCUUCUGUAAUUGCACAGUAUCCACAAAUUUUGGGACUUUCUUUGAAGCCAAAAUUGGACUCCCUACAGCAAUUUUUCAAGUCUAAUGCCAAGGUCGGUCCUGAAGAUUUUGGCAGAUUGUUGGAGAAAAUGCCACAGGUUGUUAUUCUUCGUCCAGCUGAACUUGUAAAGCCUGUAUAUUUUCUGAAGGGACGAGGUUUUGCGGUAGAAGAUGUAACAAAAAUGGUUGUUGCUUGUCCUCAGUUACUUGUCCUUGAUGUGGAAUCCAUGAAGCUCAGUUUCUAUUAUUAUAAGACUGAAAUUAAGAGGUGUUUGCAGGAGCUUGUAGAGUUUCCAGAUUACUUUACAUACAGCUUGGAAUGGAGAAUCAAACCUCGUUUUCGAACAAUAUCAAGCAAGGGCAUAAAAUGUAGUCUACCGUGGUUUCUCAACUGUAGUGAUAAAAAAUUUGAAGAAAGGUUGGAGGAUUUGGAUAUUGAAAUUGAUGAAAGAGGACCAUCUUUCAGUAUGGGUGGAGCAUUGCAGUUACCUGGGGAUGGAAAUGAUUCUGCAGGGGAAUUUGAAGAUAGCGAGGAAGAAAUGUCAUACAUAAGUACAGGCUCUGUUAAUAAAAAAUAACUUGCUUUCUGUCAAGA